CCAAAAUAUAUAAUUAGUUUAGACUUUUAGAGUGAGCAUUUUGUGAAUUGGACAGAAACACAGUGAAAAUUACAUGAAUGCCAUUCGCCGUCCUUGGUCCGUAUAUAUAACUUCUUCUCCUUGUACUCACUGAUUGCUGCUGCUGCUCUCAUCGUCUCCCUCUAGAUCUCAGCACCCCACUCUCACUAAGUGGAAAUGGCGCCCAAAUCAUCAGAUUCGCAGCAGAGCCUUCUCCAAUCGGAACCCACAAACGGCUCAAUCGAUCCGGCAUUCCACCUCAUCAGAAUCCUCCCUUACUCGUUCCUCCGCGCGCCUCGCCUCCGCCUCAAGCUCCCGUCCCUCAGCCUCCCUUCACCGAUGACGGUCUUCUCCCUCGUCCUCCUCACCUACUUCAUGGUCGUCUCCGGCAUCGUCUACGACGUCAUCGUCGAGCCGCCGGGAAUCGGAUCCACCCAGGACCCAGUCACCGGCACCGUGCGGCCCAUCGUCUUCAUGUCCGGCCGAGUCAACGGGCAGUACAUCAUCGAGGGCUUGUCGUCCGGUUUCAUGUUCGUCCUCGGUGGGGUCGGGAUCAUUCUCUUGGAUCUAGCGCUGGACAAGAAUCGGGCGAAGAGCGUCAAGGUUUCGUACGCUUCCGCUGGGGUUUCAUCCAUCGUGCUUGCCUAUGUUAUGAGUAUGCUCUUCAUUCGCAUUAAGAUCCCGGCUUAUUUGAGGUGAAAAAAUGUCUGCUUUUUGUUUUUUCCUGGUUGGAUUCUCCAAACCAUAGUUGCAAUUUUGCUUUUGCAAUUGCAGUUUUAGGGUUCUAGAUUGGAAUUAGAGGGUUUGGGGGCUUUCUGCCAUUAAGGGAUGAUGACACUCAUAACUAUAUGUACCGCGGUUGAUUGUGUUAGUUGUGUGCAAUUGGAUCGUCAAGCUUAUUUAAGGAAACCAUAAUGCACUUGUCCUUUCCAAUUGCAGUUGCAAUUUUUAGUUGAAAUUAGAGGGUUUGGGGCUUUCUGCCCUUGCCAAAGCAGAAUGGAUGAUGGUACUCAUAGCUAUAUAUGCUGCGGUUGAUUGUGUUCUUUGUGCAAUUAGUGCCAGAAUGAAUCAGAAUGCCCUGCAUUCCCUGCUUGUUUGUUGCCAAAUCGAUUGUCUGCAUUUCCCUACUUAUUGUUUGUUCUUGUUUGAUUACCAAAUCAUGAUGCAAUUCCUCUUUGCGACUGCGAUUGUGAUUUCAAUUUUAGGGUGAUAGAUUGGAAUUAGAGGGUUUGGUGCUUUUCUUCGUUGUGUCGUUACGAAUCGGAAGGGAUGAUGAUACAUUGAUACUCAUAGCCGCCAUGUGUGCUGGGUGAUUGUGUUUGUUGUGCAAUUGGAAUUGCUGGAAUGAAUCAGAAUGCCUUGUAUUCCCCCUACUUGGAUUGUCUGUUCGUUGCCUAAUCAGUGAAGCAUAUACCAUAGGCAUUGCAAGGUCUCAGAAGGGCCAGAACUUGCUUUGCAAUAGAGCUCCAGCUAGCUGACUCAAAACAGUACAGGAUUUCUGUUUACUCCCGAAACUCACUUCCAGCUCCAGAGAAGCCCAUACAGAUAACAAUAGCUUCUACAGUUCUGAACUCUUUUGGUCAUCAUGCAUAUCUAGCUAUUGUACAAUUUUGGCAUUAUAAACUGGUUCAGUUCCUCAGCCACGGCCUGAGACAGUUCGGUGGAGAAAGAGCUGUUGUGGAUGGUUAUCAAUGAACCAUGGCCGAAUAUGAAGUUUCCAAGUAGGAGAAAAGCUUGUUUGCCAACCUGGUGCCUUCCUCCACGGCUCCACCAAAUAAAUUACCAGGUGAAAAGGAACAUGUAUCAGAAGGUCGGGGGAGUUAUUUCGAUCUGACAUGCUUGAGUAUGAAUAUUGCGGGGGGAGUUAUUUCGUUCUGACAUGCUUGAGUAUGAGUAUUGCGGAACUCACGAUUAACAUCGAAUAAGGUGUUUAUUUUGCU